AUGCACCCGGUAUCGCUGGCCGUGCGAGACAUCUACCCGGAGUCCCCGCCCGACUUCCAGACGCGAGACCAGAUCAACCCGACGCUGAUGAUGAGCUGGUGGGCCACAGUGUUUUCACUGGUCAUCAUCAUCGUCCGUCUGUUUGGUCGCUAUGUGCGCAUCGAGCGGUUCUUCCCCGAGGAUAUGAUCAUGAUGGUCAGCGUCGUACCACUGACCAUCCGCAUGGUUCUGGUGCACUUUGUGCUGGUCUGGGGCACCAACAACACCAAGACAGAAAUGCUGACGGCGGACGAAGUUGCGAAAAGGGAACUGGGGAGCAAGCUGGUGCUUGCAGCACGCAUCUUCUAUGCGAUCUUCAUCUGGACGGCCAAGCUCACUGUGUGUGAAUUCCUCAAACGAGUCACCGGCAUGGUCUGGCGCCGGUCUGUGGCCGUUUUCCUGUGGUUCAUCCACUUCUUCCUGGUGUCCACGCUGGUGGCCGUGGUGAUUGCGACGCUGGCCGAGUGCCAGCCCUUCAACCACUACUGGCAGGUCAUCCCAGACCCGGGACCGGCGUGUCGCGCGGCCCACGGCAACCUCAUCACCAUGGGGACCUGCGAUGUCAUCACGGACCUCCUCCUCAUCGCAUUCCCCGUACCGAUCGUCCUGACGGCGCAGAUGCCCGUGAAACGCAAGCUGGCCCUCGUGGCGCUAUUCUGCCUGUCGCUGGUGCUAGUCGCCAUCACUUGCUACCGCGUGCCGUCGGUGAUCGAGCACCACGGCGCCCAACCGUACCGCUCGCUGCUGGCAUCGCUGGAGAUCCUCGCCGCCACGGCCGUCUCCAACAUCGUCGUUAUAGGCUCUUUCGUCCGGGACCGCGGCGUCAAGAAACUCAAGUAUAAACCUGACCACGGCCGCGCGUCUGUCAGCGACAGCCUGGAAAACGGCCAUGUUCGCCGCACCACUGUCAUGAAGCACCAGUGGGGCAGUGACUCCGAUCUGGCCGCUGACCUGGGCAUUCGGCUUGACCCCAAGCUCUAUCCCUCUGCGUCGCUCUCGUCAAAGGGAAGCCUCAUCUCCCGCCCUGCCCCCGCUGCCCCCGCUCCCUCAGAUCCCAUGGCCUCCGCCCAGACAGGCUCCCUUGACUCGUCAUGGAAUUUCCAGAGCCCCUCGGACGAUCAUACCUCGGGUACUGACAGCUUCGACCUCAUAGUCCGUCCGCACGAGUACAUCCAGACGGACCAGUCCCCGCGCGAAAACCACUUAACCUCGGCCUCUGCCCAUUCGACUUCGCGUCAGCUCUCCUUCUUCGACGUGGGUGGACUGCUAAACCAAAAUGAACCUGACUCCCAUUGCCACCCCGACACAGCAAUCUCACCUGACCUCUCCUCUGCAACGGAUCUCGAGUCUCAGAGACCCACCCGCAGCAGUAGAGCCUUCCUGGAAGAUCUGGGGGUCGUAGCUCCGCGCUCUGGGCCAUCAUCUUGA